ACAACUACAACAUUCCCAUCGACUGUAUAACACGAAACAUCCUCCAAAACUACAACAUUCCCAUCAACUGAAACUGAAACAUCAUCCAUAGCCAGAAACACAUCAUCUCCGCCAACUGAACCAGAAACCUCAUCCACAACUACAACAUUCCCAUCAACCGAACCAGAAACAUCAUACACAACCACACACAUUACUUACCCAUCAACCGAAACUGAAACAUCAUCCACAUCCACAACAUCCCCAUCAACUGAAAUUGAAACAUCAUCCACAACUACAACAACCCCAUCAACCGAACCUGAAAUAUCGUACAUAACCAAAUACAUGACAUCCCUAUCAACCGAACCUGAAACAUCAUCCACAACUACAACAUUCCUUUCAGCCAAACCUGAAACAUCAUACACAGCCACAUACACAACAUUCCCAUUGACCGAAAAUGAAACCUCAUCCACAACUACAACAUCCAAAUCAAACCAAACUGAAACAUCAUCCACAGAUACAAUAUCCACAUCAACCAAACCUGAAACAUCAUCCACAACUACAWCAUUCCCAACAACCAUAACUGCAACAUCAUCCACAACUACAUCCCCAUUAACCAAACCUGAAACAUCAUCCACAGCCAGAAACACAUCAUCCCCACCAACCGAACCAGAAACAUCAUACACAACCAYACACAUUACUUACCCAUCAACCAAAACUGAAACAUCAUCCACAUCUACAACAUCCCCAUCAACGGAAAUUGAAACAUCAUCCACAUCCACAACAACCGCAUCAACCGAACCUGAAACAUCAUACACAACCACAUCCACAACAACCCCAUCAACCAAAACUGAAUCAUCAUCCACAACAUCCCCAUCCCCCGAAAUUGAAACAUCAUCCACAACAACCGCAUCAACCAAACCUGAAACAUCAUACACAACCACAUACUUGACAUCCCCAUCAACCGAAACUGAAACAUCAUCCACAUCCACAACAUUCCCAUCAGCUGAAACAUCAUCCACAAUUACAACAUCCAGAUCAACCAAACCUGAAACAUCAUCCACAGCCUCAUACACAACAUUACCAUCGACCGAAACCAAAACAUCAUUCACAACUACAACAUCCCUAUCAACCAAACCUGAAACAUCAUCCACAUCCACAACAACCUCAUCAACCGAACCUGAAUCAUCAUACACAACCACCUACAUGAUAUCCCCAUCAAUCGAAACGGAAACAUCCUCCAUAACCACAACAUCUGCAAUAUCAAAACGUGAAACAUCAGUGAACGUCAUAUCUGAAACAUUUACAACCGAUGGAACGACAACCACUAUCUCAGUAGAAAAACGGUCAACAGCCUCCCUUCAAACAUUUAAAACUACAACUGAGACAUCAAUAACUACACUUGAAACUCCAGUUUCUACACCAAGUGACUCUUCAGCUAUYACUGUACCUGCAACACUGUCUACAGUUACAUCAGGAAGGAUAACUACAGCCCCACCAACAGAAUCACCAUUAGAAACAUCCAAAGCUACAUUUGAGACAUCAAUAUCAACCAUUCCAGUAACUACAGAGAUAACCCCCACCGGAAUAUCAGCUACAAUAGAAAGUCGAACAGCAACAACCUCCCCUGGAAAUGUAUUGACAACUACAAUCACAUCCUCAAUAUCUGCUUCAACUACUGAGGGAAAAACAGAAAACCCAUCUUCCAUCACUCCGGAACCUCCAGCUACAAACACACGUGUUACAUCAGCAUUUACAGCCUCUUCAGAGAGGAUGAGUAUAUCAACAUCGAGUACCCUCCCAGAAAUCACAACUCAGAAUUUGACAUCAACUUUAACAUCUACCUUUUCUGCAACAACUACUUCAAAUCACAGCAUAACUCGGAUGACAACAACAACAAAAACGACAAAAGCCACUGCAGGUUCAGUCGUAACUCAACCUGGCAGUGUGACGGACAAAGUUGACUCAACCAAACCUAAAUCUUCAACGACCACACCUGUGCCAAUCCCACCUCCACCCUCAUCAACUAAUGACAUCUUUGUGACCAUUACUUUGGUUAUCCUAUUAUUGAUUUUGGUUGCUAUAACUUUAGUUAUUUUUAUCUUUGAUCAAAAUCCUUGCAGAGAGAGCUAUAAUUUAUAAUAUCUUGGACACAAAAUCUAUUUUUGACUGAAAGGACCUCACGUAGUAGACAAGUGCAACCUCAAGAAAGGGAGAGUAAGAAAUCUAUCCCGUGUUGAUGUCACCUGAAAAGAUUUAGUGCCUUUGAACGGGGUAUGGUAGUAGGUGCCAGGCACAUCGGUUUG